UUUUAACGUUGAUCUCACUAGACGCUGUUGUUGUGAACGAUAUUCUAUAUUGUUGAGUUCUUAAACAAGGUAAUCCACCUCAACAAGGAAUGCAAUCUCACAACUUAUAGACGCAAGCAACUAAUGAGCAACAACUGCGCUCAAUGGACGUAUAGUCACGAUGUGAAAAACACAAGCAAAGUGUCGCGUAAUUCACAGCGUAAUGCUAGUUUGCAACCGCCAUAGCUAGUAGUACUAGCAGCAUUAUUACAGCUAACGGGUUAGCACUCUUGGUAAGCUUGUUAUUUAGCUUGAUAACUGUCUAGAUUUGACCGCAAGCAAUUUUAAUACAUUUUAAUUGAAAUGUAAUGUAUGUUCCUGUCGGAUAACAACAUAGCUAACUAGUGGUUAAUUUUAACAGUUUAACUUUAUUAGCGACGGUAGCUACGUUAGUUUAGCUACCUGGUUAUACACUGUUACUGAAGUUAGCUUGUUGUGAGCAAAUACAAAACUUCCAAAUACAAUUGUAAAAUGGCUGUAUAGGACAUAUCCUGGUAUGCUAGUGUUGCAUCUGUUUAGAUAGAAUGGAGAAUUAACUAACUGAUCGUAUAUUGUGUUUAUUGUCUAGCUAACUAACUAGCUCGUUAAGAGUUAAGUUGUGUUUAAUUGACUUCAGUGUAUAUUCAAAAUGUGGCUACAACAAAGAUUGAAGGGCCUACCGGGUCUGUUGUCGAGCAGCUGGGCAAGACGAAUGCUGAUUGGAUUCCUGGUUUUCCUCAUCUUUUAUUGGUACCUUAGCUCAGAUGGUGCUUUGAGGUUGUUUAGUGGCUUAGGUCAAUCAGGGGGGCCUUCAGGACAAUGCCUCCAGACUGAAAUCCACAGGUGGAAGUCAUUGGUGGAUCGGGGGGAAGGAAUCUACACCACCUCUCAGGAGAAAGUGGUUACGCCUUUCAUUUCAGGUAAUGGACAUUUCCUGGUGGACAUUGACUCCAACAAACUGUGGGUUGCGUCGUCCUUCCAGCCCGGUUCAGCCCCUGUCCACCAGACUGAGUAUUCACCCAUAGUGAGCGUCCAUGUCCCUGGUAAGCGGGCUGAGGCACAGGCCACCAUGCUCUGGUUCCGUAAAGGUGCUGUUUUGUCCGUCCGCUGUAUCCUCCCUGGUGGCACCGGCAGCUCCGGGUCAGCCCGCGACUGCCUUACCGUCCGAGAGGAGUUCAUUGCACACCGCAGUCGGCCCAACAUAUACCUCCAGAGGAUCCACGUCAACAACCCUUCGGAGAGGGUCGCCACCCUGGAGGUUUCCACUGAAUUGCCGUCAUUCGGGAGUAAGUUCUCAGCAAGCGUGGAAAAGGUGGAAGACAGGGAGGUGGUGCUGUCCUCAGGCCGUGUGGUUUUACCAGAGAAGAAUCAGAUGGUGCUAGUGGUGGUGGCCACCAAGAAGCUUGGCAGUCGCAUCCAGGUGGCAGCCAAGUCGGAAUACAUAGAGAGUGUGGUGUCUGUGGUGUGGACUUCAGAGCCCAUUGAUUCUGCCAAGCAGGAAGAUACUUUCACCAGGCUCCGAGAGGGGGCCAAGAAAGAGCUGGGUGAGCUUCUCAGAGCUAACAUCGAAGAUUUGGUCCAAGACCACCAACAGGCCUGGGUGGACCUUUUCAUCUCUGGGGUGGAGAUGCGCAAGAUUACCGACUCUCACACGCCGUCCAGUGUCACCGUCAACACCACGCUCUACUACAUCCUCUCAGCCUCGCCCGCCCCUCUACUGGACCGCCGCCUGGGCGCCGAUGAGCGCGCCCGCCUGGAGUCGAGCCUCAACUAUGCCGACCACUGCUUCAGCGGACACGCCACCAUGCACGCUGAGAACCUGUGGCCGGAGCGGGUCAGCAGCGUAGCCCAGGUCCUGCAGUUGGUCACUCUGUGGACCCUCACCCUGCAGAAGAGGGGCUGCAAGGUGCUCGUGGCGGCGGGGGCCCACGGCGUCAUGCAGGGUGUUGUGCUCAGUUUCGGCGGCCUCUCAUUUAAUGAAAACCACCUGCAGUUUCAGGCGGACCCGGACGUGCUGCACAACAGCUACGCCCUGCGGGGCAUCCACUACAACCAGGACCUGAUCAACCUGGCGGUGUUGCUGGACGCCGAGGGCAAGCCCUUCCUGCACGUGUCCGUGAAGCCUCAGGAGAAGCCCGUCGCGCUGUAUGCCUGCGAGGCGGGCUGCCUCAACGAGCCAGUAGAGCUGACGUCUUCACUGGUGGAGGCCAAGGGCCACGUGUUCCCGGUGAUGGUGACACAGCCCAUCACGCCGCUGCUGUACAUCUCAACAGACCUGCGACAUCUGCAGGACCUGCGGCACACGCUUCACCUCAAGGCCAUCCUGGCCCACGAGGAGCACAUGGCCAAGCAGUACCCGGGCCUGCCCUUCCUCUUCUGGUUCAGCGUGGCUUCGCUCAUCACCCUGUUCCACCUGUUCCUCUUCAAGCUCAUCUACAACGAGUACUGCGGGCCUGGUGCCAAGCCGCUGUUCAGGAGCAAGGUGACGAAACCAAAUGAGGAAAUGGAAACUUAGGAAGCAGCCAUGACAUCACAGGUGCAUGCAGAGUAGCAGCCUGCGAUAGCAGCAUAAGACAAAUUACUUUGCCAUGAAGUGUGUUACAGUUCAUGCCAUCUGAUUGGGCCAUUCUUUUGUCAAUGGUUUGUGUUGUGUGAUUGAUUGUUGAUUUGAUUUUUGACAUGUUGGAGCAGAAAUCAGAGAAAUGCUAACGUGUAAUUGGCAAGGUUAAUGAAAGUUUUCACAAUGCUUCCAUUCGUUUUGGCAGGACGACCCCUCGGUUUGAAUCAACACCAUCAUCAAUUAUGGGGGGAGGGAAGCCAACUGAUUGUUCUCACUGGCAAAACUCCAAAUAGAGGCUCAUGUCAGAAAGGUUGAAGUAUGAGCCUGAUUGAAAGCAAACUGGAGGAGUCCGAUUUUCUUUCACAUCAUUGGCCCUGUUGGGAAAUGUAAAAAUCUAUCUUUGCUUCCUUUCUUUGAAGUCUUGAUUGAAUUAAUGAUAGAUAGUCUUAUUGGGUUAAUUGCUCUGGAUUGAAAUUGAUAUUCUUCUUUUGAUCCAUUUACAUGAGACAGGCCUUUUUCCAGUUAGAUUUGCAAAAUUCUCUCCAACCUCUCUCGCCACCUUUUGAAAAUGUCAAAGGUAAUAGAGGACAGGCAGCAAGCGGACUGGAAGCGGAUGAAUAUGAGCUUGCUGUGUUUACAUGCUGUUUUGGUAUAUAGCCUACUUAUGGGGCAAUUUCAGCAUUUUUCCACCUCAUCUUCAGCACCAUAACUGUGUAUAUGUUAAAUUGAAAGUCUGGGCAGACUGACACAUUUCUCCUUAAGGCACCCAUUAUUUUCCAAAUAAUAAUUUUUUUGUUCAUAAGGAAAGAAAGUCUAGUUUGACAAGCCCAAUUUGCCUGACAUUCUCCAUAUAGUAGCCACUCUGCCUGCCCCUGUUAUUUUUAGUAAGUAAAACCUUUCUAAACCUGGAAUGGGUUUUAAGAUUGAGCAGGGUUGUUCUCACAAUUCCACAAAUCUCAUAGGGCCAAUUUUGCAGACACCGAUUUUCUAGUCUACAGAUAAAAACAUUAAUUCAACAAACAAACAAGCUCAAUUAAGUUUUCUACUGAACUAGAUUUUUUUUGUUCUAGACUACGCUUAAUCCUUGUCUGUGAAACCUGCCCGGAAAGUCUCAUGUUUAAACUUUGAUGUCAUUUGGUUGAGCUUUGAAAUAAAAAGAAAAGUUUUUACAAAACUAGAAUUUGCCUUUUUCCACAUAUAUUUACUGAUAUUGUGCUGGAGCAAGUUAAAAUAAAGUUGGAAGGUGGUGGAAUUGCCCUUGAAAUAUUUUUGUAGCCAAUUUGUUUCCUGUUUCGACUACCACUUCACACUGUUUAGUUUGAUAAACAUUAAAGCAAUGAAAUUCCAUUUGGUCAUUUUUGCAGUAUGUUUCUACUUUUUAUACUGUAUGCUACUUUUGUUGUGGUGACAACAUUUAAAUGAGGUUGCACUAUACAAUAUAUACUAACUAUUCCGACAUGAUUGUGCGAUUGGGAUUGUAUGUGCAUUAACAAUGUUUUAGAUAUUUCACCAUUAGAUCUACUGAGUUCCUACAAAUUAAAUUUACAAAUUUCGACUUGUGUUUUUGAGUUGGUUCAUUUUGCAUUUGAAGGGCUUUUUUGGAUCAGUUAUUUUGUUUGUAACUAAUGAGUGUGCCUUAAAGUAAUUUAUUCUGAUUACUCCUACAACUUGGUUGGAUUGUACUUGAAUAUUGUAUGAUAAUGUGAUUUGGGGGUAAAUAAAAAUGUAUGUUAUUAUAAGUUUAAAUUUGAAUAAAAUGCAAAAUGUAUAGACUUUAAAUUAUGGUGUAAAUAUGUCACAUUAAAGUAAUGCGUUGAGGAA